UUAAAUAAAAAAGUCUAACAAAAAAUGGGUGAUAAUAAAUUAUUAGAUACAAAUCAAAUAGUUAAUGGCCUGGCUGUUCUAUUGUCAUUUUUCGUUGGUUAUAAAUAUGCCCUUAAAAGACACGACGUUAAAGAAAAUGAGGCUACUGGGACAAAGGUAGACGAACAGGGUGCAUCAGGAUCCAGCGAUAUAAAAAAUGAACCGCUUUAUACCAGUUUUAGUUUCAAUUACAAAAUGGUAUUAGUGGUGCGUAAUGACCUAAAAAUGGGCAAAGGCAAAGUGGCUGCUCAAUGUGGUCAUGGUGCUGUGGGCGCCUAUCAGAAAGCUGUAAGAAGUAUGCCCAGUGUGGUAAGAGCUUGGGAGAAUUCUGGCUGUGCAAAAAUCGCUUUAAAAGUUGAUAGUGAAGCCGAAAUGAUGGCCAUUAAAAGAGCAGCAGAAUCUAGAAAUCUUAAUACCUGUUUGAUACGUGAUGCCGGCCGCACACAAAUUGAACCCAAUUCCAAGACUGUUUUGGCCAUUGGACCAGCAGCAGUUGAAGCUAUAGAUCAAGUUACCGGACAUCUCAAACUUUUGUAAAAUGUUUUAAAAUUUUACAGCAAAUUUUCGUAUUUUAUGUUAAGAAGUAUAGAAUUAGUAAUAUGUCGAUUUUUUUAUUUUUGAAUUUUCUAAAAGUUUCCAAUGCAAUUACAAAAACGUUGAUUAAAAAAUUCAAAUAUCUUAAAA